AUGCAGACCUCCACGUUCUUCUCCUUUGCUCUCCUGGCUGUCGGCGUCUUCGCCGACCUCCACAAGACCGCCGUCUGCGUCAGGCAAAGAACCAACAACCCCGUCGGCGGCACUCCCUACAGCCCCAGCUACAACUGGGUCAAGAACUACGAGAUUCUCCCCGACGAGACAAAGUGCGCCUGCGACAUGUACAAGCAGCGCAACACCGGGGACAAGCAAUGGGACAAGUGCCCGGACUGCACUUUCGACGGUCUCGGCUGCAACUCGGAGGCCUGGCACAUUGGCGGUGAUGAGUUCACCUACUACUGCGAGAAGAAGUGCGGUGCUGAGGGUGCCGAGGCCAACUAG